UUGUCUUAUUAUUUAAUUACUGAUUCAUUACUGGAGCUGGAUCCUUCGUCAUCUUCUUCCUCCUCUUCUUCUUCUUCUUCUUCUUCCUCUUCUUCUUCCUCUUCUGCCGACGCCAUUCUUGGCCAUUUCAAUUUUUUUCUUCUAACUUCUCCACGACGAGGGUUCAUCCGAACACGAAACCCUAGCUCUCACAUUCUUUUUUUCCUUUCUUCAUUUUCUCUUUCAAAGGAGCGGCUGUUCGGAUCUUUUUUUAGGGUUUUGUUUCUUGACCUGAAUGCAACGAGUGAUUUUCAUCCUUUUUGAAGCUUGGGUGUCUUCGUUUUGAGGCUUGAGAUAGAUCCAUUGGAGCGAGAUUCUGAUUGCGUUCUUGAAUUAUUUUUUUUUUCUUUUUGGUUGUCUCUGCUAGCCGAGAAUGUCUGGACCAUUGGAUCGAUUCGCUAGACCAUGCUUUGAAGGGUUUUCUGGUAGUGAUGAAAGAAAAGAAAGGAAAUCUGACUUUGAAAACUCGGAGGAUGAAAGGAGGACAAGAAUUGGGUCUAUAAAGAAGAAAGCUCUAAAUGCAUCUUCCAAAUUUAAACAUUCCCUCAAGAAGAAGAGCAGCAGGAGAAAAAGUGAUGGUCGGGUUAGUUCUGUUUCUAUUGAGGAUGUUAGGGAUGUUGAGGAGCUGCAGGCUGUCGAUGCAUUUCGUCAAGCACUAAUAAUGGACGAAUUACUGCCAGAAAAACAUGAUGAUUAUCACAUGAUGUUGAGGUUUUUAAAAGCUCGGAAAUUUGACAUUGAAAAAGCUAAGCAUAUGUGGGCUGAUAUGCUUCAGUGGAGGAAGGAGUUUGGCGCUGACACAAUCGGUGAAGAAUUUGAAUUCAAAGAGAAAAAUGAAGUUCUGAGGUACUAUCCUCAUGGCUAUCAUGGGGUGGAUAAAGAAGGAAGACCUGUUUACAUUGAAAGGUUGGGGAAAGUGGAUCCAAACAAACUUAUGCAAGUGACGACUAUGGAUCGAUAUAUAAAGUACCACGUACAGGAGUUUGAGAAAAGUUUUGCUAUCAAGUUUCCCGCUUGUUCCAUUGCUGCAAAGAGGCACAUAGAUUCAAGCACCACAAUCUUAGAUGUCCAAGGCGUGGGCCUCAAGAAUUUCACGAAGUCUGCUAGGGAACUCGUCAUGCGGCUGCAGAAAGUUGAUGGUGACAAUUACCCGGAAACUCUCAGCCAAAUGUACAUUAUCAAUGCUGGUCCUGGAUUUCGGAUGCUAUGGAACACAGUGAAGUCUUUCCUUGACCCCCGAACAACAUCUAAAAUCCAUGUUCUCGGGAACAAGUACCAAAACAAAUUACUUGAAAUAAUUGAUUCCAGUGAGUUGCCGGAAUUUCUGGGCGGAAGUUGUACAUGUGCAGAUAUGGGGGGAUGCCAUCGUUCAGACAAGGGGCCAUGGAGAAACCCAGAAAUUUUGAAGAUGAUUCUUAAUGGUGAAGCACGACGUGCCAGACAGGUUGUAAAAGUUCUAAAUAGUGAAGGAAAGGUAGUUGCGUAUGCUAAGCCACAUUACCCAAUGGUGAAAGGCAGUGAUACAUCAACGGCUGAGUCAGGAUCUGAAGCUGAAGACAUCGCUUCUCCUAAAGCAAUGAAGAGCUAUUCUCAUCUUCGGCUGACUCCUGUUCGAGAAGAAGCAAGAGUUGGUGGGAAAGGAGGUUUUGCCGCUAACUUUUCUGGGUAUGAUGAAUAUGUUCCCAUGGUCGACAAAGCUGUUGAUGCUGGAUGGAAAAAGCAAGUUUCACUCCAACGACCUAAUGCCUCUAAAGGGGUUCUUCCACUGCCAAACACUGAAAAAUCACCUGAAGCACUUCAUUCUCGAAUGUUGGUAGUAUUCAUGGGCUUCUUCAUAGCCAUUUUUGCUCUUCUCCGUUCACUGACAUUCCAGAUAAGUGGGAAGAAAUUGUCUAUUGGUAGUCAAAACACUGCCGAACUAUCAGCCCCCGAUAAAACAGCCACUGAGGAAAAUCGCCCCCCUUCACCAAUUGCUAAAUUUACAGAAGCAGAACUCCUCUCUAAUUUGAUGAAGAGGCUGGGUGAGCUGGAGGAGAAGGUCGAUACGCUCCAAUCAAAACCAUCUGAAAUGCCAUAUGAGAAAGAGGAACUGUUGAAUGCUGCUGUCUGCCGUGUUGAUGCCUUGGAAGCAGAGCUGAUUGCUACCAAGAAGGCUUUGCAUGAAGCAUUGAUGAGGCAAGAAGAACUACUAGCUUACAUCGAUAGCCAAGAGGAAGCAAAGUUGCGGAAAAAGAAAUUUUGCUGGUAAAAUAUGCGUCCUGGUCUCGGACUCGGGAGAGAGAGAGAGAGAGAGGAGGAUUUGCUAAACGCAGCUGGCUCUCGUGUAACGGCUAUGACUCGGAGUUGAGAGAAGUCUGAUGGUGGCCGUUGAUGUGACUGACUUUUAUAUUUGAAUGAUGUGAUAUUAUGUCUCCGAUGAGGAGGAAAAACGCAUGGGAAUAGUUUGUGUGAAGAAAUUACAAUGUGAAGCUUUUGAAUAUAUGAUGUUUAUGCUGUAA